AUGACUAACUUACUUGCAUUAUUGUUAGUCACCAUCUAUUUCAAAGCACUCUGCAGUGACAGCAUGGUUUUCAUUACCAAUCAGCUGUACCCGUUCUGGUUGCGCCAUGAAAAAGAAAUGAAACUACGCUUGGUACCAUUUGGAAAGGCCUGGGUCGAGGAGCAGCCAAACGAACCGCCCAAAUUUCAUUGCCAGCACGGGGCACGAGAAUGUCAACUGAACAUUUUGCACGGUUACAUUCUUCAAAAGUUGCCUCCCAAAAAGGCAUUUACUGUAGUGGCAUGCCUCAUGAAGAACUUCCGUACGGACUUUGAGCAGUGUAUCGAAGGACAUGAAUCGUUCAGGAGCGUCGUUGUUAAUUGCAGCCAAGGGCCACAGGGAGGAAAGUUGUUCAAAAAGUUUGCCAAUGAAACAGACGCCGUGCACCGGCCGCUGCCAUUCGUACCUACUAUCGUUGGCGAUCAGCCGUACGACUUUUAUGAACAGGACGAUUGGUUGCAGCAUUUCGAAAGAAAAUUUACGGAGCGGUAUGAAGCAAAGUUUGGUGUCAAAUUAUAAUGCGUCACUUAGAACUGAGCGUAGGUUUCCGUCGCUCUAGUGUAACAAGUUUGUACUUUUUAAUCAGUUUUGUGAGAUACUUGAACCACG